AUGCUGGGCACGACGGCGUCGGCGGGCUGGGUGGCGGGCGCUGCGGUGGCCGUGCUGCUGCUGCUGCUGCUGCUGCUGGCCACCUGCCUCUUCCACGGGGCGCGGGAUCCCGACGCCGAGAGGAACCACCCGUCGGCAGGGGGAAACCGAGUCCGGACAGCCCAGCCUCGGCUCUUCAAGAGCCGGCGUCGGGGUCUCCUGGGACCCUUUCACCAUCACCACCAUCAUCAUCACCUUGGCCACGUGUCUCCCGGGCCCGCUGUUGGCCUCCAUCUCCACAAGCAUCACCACCAGCGCCACCACCACUGAGGCCUGUGGGUGGCAGACGCCCGGCCCCGUCGUCCUGCAUCAGUCACCGGGAUGAGCAGAACCCCUGACGUCUCUGUGUCGGAAGGAUGUGUCUCUAGGGUGACUGGGGAGUACUGGGGACCCCGAGUCCUGUUUGGGCUUUAGUUGGCCCCUCCCCUGCCAUGCAGCAGGAACCCUAGAAACUCCUGAGUUGGCUUGGCAGGAUUGGCUGGUCGACCCCACCUGUGACAGUAACUCCUGGUGGCCGGGAAGCAACCAGGGGUGUCUGUAGGGCCAGCGCAUAGGUGGAUGUGAAGGACUCGCCUGACUUUUGUGGGCAGCUGCAGGCCUGUGGACGUCAAGGAGCUGGCUGCGAGAUGCCCUAAAGGGUACAGAAAGCGGCAUGGGACUGCACCAUCCGUUCAUUGGUGUCUUGGUACAAGAAAUAAAAGCCACAAGAAAA